UGCCCCGUCGGAUCCGACUUUCAGUCAUCGGAGAAAGCAUAAAAGGGAAUCCCUCAUACGAUUACUUGGCUCCACACAACUCUUACUUGCUGAAUCUGCUUUCCCCCUUCUGCAUAAACCCUCGAUUGUUAUUAGCUUCCCUGGUCACGAUGGCGGCAGUUCAAUUCAACGAUGCCGAUGUGGCGGUGGGUGCCCUGCGAAUUGACCGAACUUUGAUUGGUCGUCUCUGUGGCCCGCUCCCCUCGAUUUCAACUCUGAGAUCGAUUGUCGGCCGGGUCUGGAAGUGAGAUUUCUCAGUUGGGGUGGUGGAAUGGGAUCUCCUUAGUUCGUCCUCCCGGAUUCUGAGACUGCCCAACGAAUCCUCUCCGGCACUCCAUGGAUCUUUGAAAAGUUCCUCAUUCAUGUGCGAAAGUGGGAAACGUCGACGACUGAAUUGGCUACUGCUCUUCUCAAGGUUCCCUUGGUGGUAUAAUUCUGGGGAGUCCCAUUUUACUGUUGUACUGAGAAGCUCGGGUCUCUCCUGGGAACGGCCAUAGGACCGAUGGAGGAAGCAACCAUCCACUGGUCGGUGUCUUCUGGCGGGCUCUACAUCAGAUCCAAGGUCUCCCUGGAUGUGAACCUGCCUCUCCCUGAUGAAGUUUCUACUUCCCGCGAAGACCCUUCCAAAGGAUGCUUCAUGGUCAAAGUGAAAUUUGAGUCCCUCCCCCAAUUCUGCUUCUUGUGUGGGGUGAUUGGGCAUGUGAACAGAUUCUGCCCCAAAAAAGAUGAACUUGUUGUGCAGCCCCCAAGAUAUGGGAAACACCUGGUGGCGAGCGAAUUUGGGCCUCGGGUGCGCGAAGACACAUUGGCGCGCCGACGUAAGCGCUUUGUCUGGACUUUGGCUGGGAAUAGAGUUGGCGCACGAUCGGCGCUGAAUGCUCGCAACAUCAGAUCAGUUCCAUGGCGCGCUACUGCGAUUGCUCGACAGGAAAUCUCUCCUCAGCAGGGGGUGGCUACUCAUCUCCGACAGCUAUACAUAUCAUCUAUACCGGGCUCUCUUUCUGAGACCCCUCAGCAGGCUGGCGACGAGAUGCUCGAACAUGGAGAACCAAAAGCCAAAAGGGUACGUCUUGGACCCCCGGAUCAGGUUGUGUUUGCAGAUAAGGACAACAGGGUGGAGGCAACCGGCCCUAAUCGGCCCCAGGACGAUCCAUGAGCACCCUUGCCUGGAACUGUAGGGGCUUGGGGGCGCCCCUAACAGUUCCUGUACUUCGGGAGGUGGUCCAGCGAGACUCUCCCUUCUUGGUUUGUCUGAGUGAAACUAGGCGAGAUGAUGAGUUUGUUAUUGAUCAGUUAGGUAGUCUUGGCUUCCCUGAGGAGCGUGUACAUAGUGCGUCUAAUAACGGGAGUGGAUUAGCUAUUGCCUGGUCGUCUUGUUUAGGUGUCUCUGUUGCUGUUGAGUCUUCAGGUUUUUUGUUUUUAGAGUGCGAGCAUUCAUCUCAUGGACGUUUCGCUGUAGUUUUUGUUCACUUGCACUGCGAUGUUGCCCCCCGACAAUUCCAACUUAAUGAAAUUUCCCAUUUAGU